AUGGCGAGCUCUCAUCUCCCACUUCGCCUCACCCGUUUAUCCCGACCAUUUCUCAAUUCCUCCGUCUGCAAUCGUUGCUUGCAGACUCGACGGUCGCUUGCGACUCAAGCAGCUGCUCAACAGAUUCAACCAGACCCAGAACUGGAAGAACAAUCAUCAUUAACAGAAUCUCCAAAUCCAGACCCCGCAGUCAAGGAUUUCGAUCCUCUAAAAUCUUCAAGAUCACGGCGGCGUCAACUACCUCCCAGCAGAUAUCAGUUCCGCAGUCCUAAAUAUGAUCGCGGACCACUCCAUCCUCAUCAACCUUUACCCCCCUCCGAUCCUGCCAGCCGAGAAUUUGUUCCGGGCCCAUUUUCUUCUCCACGACUCGAACUCGCGUAUCACAACAUCAUUGCCCCUGAUUUCAUGACGAUGUGCUAUCAACAUACACCACCUGGCUUCAGACCGCCAGAAAAAGGACCUCGAUUGCGCCCAUGGAUUGGAGAUUCACCAUACUUUGCUAAUCGACAGCUCCGAGGACCGCGUGGCGGUGAUGUCCUACGAUUAUUGAGAAGACCAAUUACUUUCCGAAACGUUCCGAUGGUUGAACAAGUCACAGUACACACAUACGUGAAGGGAGCCCUUCACAACUCAUCCUUCCUCCAUGUAGCCGGCAUGGUGAUACAAGCGAUCACGAAUCAAAGAGCCGUCGUUCAUAAUGCCAGAAAGAAUGAAGCCGGUUGGUCAGUAAUUAAGGGCAAGCCUUGCUCUCUUACUUCAAAUCUCAAAGGCGAAGAUAUGUAUCAUUUCUUGGGGAAACUGAUCAAUCUUGUCUUGCCACGUAUUAAAGAUUGGAAUGGGAUCAGGGCCACGACCGGAGACAACAGCGGCAAUCUUACCUUUGGCUUGGAGCCUGAAAUGGUGGCAGGAUUUCCGGAAAUUGAAAGCAACUACGAUGCUUAUCCACCGAAGAUGAUCCCGGGCAUGCAUAUCACGAUUCACACUACAGCUAGCUGUGACAAAGAUGCACGACUCCUUCUCCAGCAACUCGGCAUCCCAUUCUAUGGCAAGAUCGUGGAUUAG